UCCAAAUUAGAAGCCCAUGCAUUGCAGUGACUCCAUACAGUCAUCAGGAAAUCAGAAUCAAUUUAAAAUAGCUCACGUUUCUUCCUUUCUGUUCAAAAUCACAGAUGUAUGAUGCUUUUCCAUGGCUUAUGCAUCAUUUCCCAGGACCUCAUCAGGAAGUGUUUGCAUACAAUGAAUUCAUGCACAAUUUAGUUAUGAAUGAGGUAGAAAAUCAUGAGAGACAGAAUGCACGUGAUCCACAGGAUCUCAUUGACUUCUACCUGGCUCAAAUAGCAAAAACCGAGGAUGACCCUACCUCUACAUUUAAUAGAGACAAUAUGGUUCAGACUGUGGUUGAUCUUUUGCUGGGAGGGACAGAAACAACAAGUACCACCCUUCUCUGGGCACUGCUCUAUAUGGUAAAACAUCCAAAAAUACAAGAAAGGGUUCAAAGAGAGAUAGAAGCUGUUCUGGAGCCCUCCCAACUAAUCAGUUAUGAAGAUCGUAAAAAAAUGCCAUACACAAACGCCGUGAUUCAUGAAAUCUUGCGGUACAGCAACGUUACUUCUGUUGGGGUCCCUCGACAAUGUGUGAGAAAUACAACUUUGCUGGGCUUUCACAUUAAAAAGGGCGCACUUGUAUUGCCAAAUUUGCACUCUGUUGUGUAUGACUCUGAGCACUGGGAGACCCCUUGGAAAUUCAACCCAGAUCAUUUCCUUGAUUUGGAUGGCAACUUUGUAAAUAAAGAAGCAUUCUUACCAUUCUCAGCAGGGCACCGCGUAUGUUUGGGGGAACAGAUGGCACGGGUUGAACUGUUCAUCUUCUUUACCAACCUGCUUCGGGCGUUCACAUUCCAGCUCCCUGAGGGAGUAAAAGAAAUCAAUCUGGAGUAUAUUUUGGGCGCAAUAUUGCAGCCACAUCCAUAUAAACUCUGUGCUAUUCCACGCUAG